AUGACAUCAAAGGAUUUACCAAAUAGAAAUCAUGUAUCAAAUGCCGUACUAUUGAAAUCGCCAUCACGUGAACGUGAAAAUGAAAAAGAGACGCAUCCUCCAUUAUCUUCAGCAAUAGCAUUACACCCUUUUGAUUAUUUAAUUCCAACUCAAGGAUUGAGCUCGUUUAGUGUACCAUUUGGUAUUUCACAUCCUUACGAACCUGUGGUAUCUUUAUUUGGGGAAGCAACUUCAUUGGAAAAUGCAGACGCGCUUCAAAGUGAGAUUCUUGACGUGCUUCGUGCUCCAGCAGAAGAAUUAAGCUAUAUAUCGUUUAAGAAACCAGCAUUUAGAUUAGCACCCAGUGAUGAAAUUGAACCAGUUGAAGAGCCUGAAAGCACUCUUACCCAGUUCGAGAAACAAAUUAUGGAGCUUACUGAGAAAGUGACAAAGCAGGACUAUAUAAAACCAAACUACAAAGUGAAACGCGUGAAAUUAGGGCAAACAUUUAAGGAAACGGCCCUCGAGAAACUGGAGAAAACCAUAAUUUCUAGAGAAACAAAUCACACAAGAAAAAGAGAUAGUGAUGGCUCUGAGGUAGGAAGAAAGAGAUUGAAAUCGGAAGGUAGUGAGCUCACGAAAAGUGAGAUGAGGAACAUCUUUGAUUCCAAAAAACUAAGGCAUGACUCUAAGUCUGAAUUCAAGAUGCUCUUAUCAGAGUUGGCAUGCACUGAAUCUCACUUUAAGGUUGUAUACAAUAUAUCCGAAGAGUGUACCAUUUCCCUAUUUUCUGUGAACUUUUGGACUAAGAUGAAAAACUCACUUUCCUUUUUGCUACAGACUCACGAAGAAAUACCAGACACAGAUAUUAAGGUAUUGGUGCAACUAGAGGAUGAAAUUCAGCGGACACUUGUAGCACUGAAUUCUUACGAUUGGAAUGCUUUGUUUGGCAAUAAUCAUAACAGAUCUUUAAAAAGCUUUCAGCUAGCCUCAAUAUUAAUUCUAAGUUCCGAUACACUUCUUCUAGUGCUUAACUCGGGUGUUAAAGAUAAACAUUUGUUUAAGGAAAGUCUUUUUGAGCUUCUUUUUGAGCUUUUGCACAAUAUCCAAGAGUCCGUUCUCCCAUUAUUCGGAUGGCAACAAACAACUUCCUCAAAUUUGUGUGUGUUAACAACUCAGACAAGCAAGCUAAUUAAAGAACAAGCGAAGCUUAUUGAGCUCAUUGGCAUUUUUUUGUCGAAAACAAUCGUUGGAGACUCAUUGAUCACUCACAUGGAGUAUUUUGCUUUUCAGUACAUUUUUGCAGAUGCAACCGAAUUGGAAAAAAACCAACUGGCCCCUGAUUUAGAAGAGCUUCGACAAUGCUCAUCAGAUGUGUUGCUUACUAUUUCAAGGAAGCAUCCAGAACAAUCACAAUUUAUAGUAAACGAGAUGUUUGCCAACCUAGAUAACAUAUCCCAGCUUAAAUCCAAAAGUAGGAAAUAUCGCUUAUCAAAAGGAAUAAGCGUCCAACACAUCACGAUUCUUUUGCUAAGAUUAGUGCAAGCGAUGGAUUGUUCGGACUAUAGCUUCGAAGAAGAGUAUUGGCGAAUGACUGGAUCCGGAUCUUCUUCGAGAUACUCCCAAAACAAAGUAGUUACUGAGAUUACCACCAAAUUCUAUAAUUAUCUCAGCAAGAAAAUCAAAUAUUCAAAUGGGAUAUGCAAUCAGAUAGCAGUAGCAAUAGUCACUAGAAUUUCAAUGGCUUUGAAUGCUAAUGCAAAGAAAGUUAUUCUCGGGAUCAUCUCUGAUUUAUUGGAUAUGCUUGCGUACCCGGAAUACUCGGCUUCUGAGCAAAUACUUAACUCAAUAAUGAUAUCGAUGAUUUAUAUCUGCGAGAAUAAUCUCAAAGAAAAAGGUCAAUCAACAUCGCUAACAAUGGCAUUCGACAUAGCAGGUAUGAUUGGAUCUAGACUUAUCAGUAUACGGAAAGAUUAUGCCCAGCUUUUCAACGUCAAUCUGUCCGUGAAGGAGUUUCGUCAAAUGAAUAGAGAGUACUUUUUAGAGGUGUUGAAGAGCUUGAAGACUCAGAAUAUUUCCCAGGAUAACAGCUUCUAUUUUUUCUAUACACAAUACCUGUUCACAUUAAAGGCAUUCUGUACAUUGAUAGAAGAAGAGGAGAGAAAAAUCACUGCAGACUCUCUUGAGUCGGGAAAUAAGGAUGUCCAAUUCAAAAAUUUAAUCAAAGAAGUUAAAAAGGUCAUUCGAUCAUUAAUCCAACUUUUGAACGAUAAUCCAACAAUUUUCAAAUAUAACUUAAACCAUGAACAAGAUAUCCUUGCCAACUAUCAAGUAAUUAUGCUUAACCAAAAUCUUAUUAAACAAUAUAAUCCAUUUAUUGCACUCAUCACAAAAAGUUUGACUGGCAUUAAAGUGAAACAAAGAUCAUUAGCCAUAAAGUGUCUAUCAUUGUUGUCUGAUAAAGAUCCGACAAUUAUACAGUUGCCGGCGGUUAAGAAAAUCAUAGAUAUACGAUUGAGAGAAUCGUAUGCAUCUGUUUGUAACUCAAUUCUUGAUCUUUUGGCCAAGGUGCUAUACUCACAUCAUGAAUUGAUAAAUGACUUCUAUCAAAUGAUUGCACCAAUGAUUACUAAUAAAAGUGUGUCCGUACGUAAAAAAGCAAUCGGAAUAUGCACUUAUUUAUACAAAAAUGACAUUGAUGUAAAGGUUAGGUCUACUAUUUCAGAGAAAUUAUUAAAGAGGCUCGAUGAUGAGGAUGAUACUGUUACAUAUGAAGCGUGUGAAGCAUUGCUAUCAGUCUGGUUCAUAUCUAUAAGUGAUCGAUGCGAAGAAGCCCAGGAGAAUUCGGCGAUAUUUUUGAAAACAGAAGUUUUGGCUACCACGGGUGUUAUUGUUCAAGUGUUCAACAAGGGUGAUCGUAAUUGGGAGUAUUUUGAGCGUUUUUUGAAGGAAAAAGUAUUACAUCCCAAUGAGCUCAAUGAGGGUAUGGAGGAUGAACUUCGAAACUCACUUUCACUGAUGGCGGAGUUUGUAUUAGAAUAUAUCACUGAGGAUGCAAUUAUGAUUACCAAUUAUGAUGAUAUGAGACAGAAAAUAGGUGAACUGAUGAGAUUUCUUGCAAUCGUUGUUAAGUGCGAUUCGUCUUCUAUCUCACAAGACCAACUUCUUGCAUUACAACCUUUUUUAACAGAAGAUCUCAAGACCGGAAGCAAUUUAUGCUACUAUACAUUGCAAAUAUUUCGUAUUGCCUUACCAAAUGUGACAAAUCUCAAUGCACGCUUCAUCAAUGAUUGUGAAACUGUGAUAAUGUCCAAACUAGGCAGGUUUAACUCGAAAGAACUCGAGGAAGCUGUUGCUAGUUUGUGGACUCUUUCUAAGAGGAAUAGUAAACCAAAAAUGGUCGCAAGUGCUUGCGCGUCAACUUUGAAGCUUUUACGUGUACACAUACUUUCUGUGAACUCGAAGAAUUCCUUUAAUCAGAAUAUGAUCUCCAAGGUAAGAAGGCUCAUUUAUCUCAUUGGAUGCUUCGGUAAGGAGUGCAAUUUUGAAAAAGACAAGUCUGUCUUUGAAUUCUUAGGGCUGAAAGAAAAAGAAACAGUCAUAUCCUUAUUGGUUAGACAUUUACUUCCUUUCUCUAAAAGAAUAGAGUUUAGAAGAUCAUCUGUUCGUAAUAUAGUUGGAAUCUGUGCGGCACACCCUAGAAUAUUUAUGAAUCCAAGAAUAUUGAGCAUUCUUGAUAGCACAUUCAAUAAAUGGGAUGACAAAAAUUUGAAAACGGCUGUAAUCGAACAAAUGGACCAAUUUUUAGAAAGGCAAGACAGAGAAGCAUUGGAACGAAACGGGCUUGAUGCAAAAAAAUCCGACAAUACAAUUUUAGACAUUGCAGCCUUUCAUGGGAGGGGUAACCAGCAAAUAAAUGAUGGUAUAUGCACAUCCUUGGUCCAAAGAUACUUGAGACAAAUACUUGAUUUUGCUCUAAAUAAAGACCAGCAAGGAACAUUAGUCUGUAUCAAUUUUAUUCGUUCAGUUACACGUUUAGGUUUGGCUAACCCAAAGCCGAUUUUGCCGACUGUUUUAUCCCUUGAAUUAUCACCUGAUGCCCAUAUUAGAUAUAUUGCUUGUCAUGUGCAUGAAUACCUUUCUGAGAAAUAUGAAAGCUUUAUCGAAACGUCUUACUCCAAGGCACUUUAUGUCGCAGUCGGAUACAGAAGAAGCAUAAUGUCAUCUAAGGAGUUUUAUGUUAACGAAACAUUUUUGAAGCAAUUAAUGAAAAUUGUCAGAAUGUGGGGCCCAAAGGGUAAAUCCGUGCAAAUGGUCGAUAUGAUAACCAAAACGUUAAGUAUAAUACAAGUUGACUCGUUGCUGGAUCAGCAUAUAGAAAAAACUCUAUUUGCUGCUGACUACUCUGUCUUCAUUGCCAAGAAUUUUAAUAACAUUGUUUUGGAGAGCCAGGAAGAAGUUUUGGUUGCAAUAAGCAAUAUAAGCCAGCUUUUAUCAUCACAGGUGUCUGAUUUAUUGGGUGAAGCGGACGAUGAUGCAGAUGAAACUUUGGAAGGUAUUACUGUCGAUCAUGAACGUCAAGUGAAAAUAGAUGCCUUGUUAUCAUGUUUACUUGCUUUAGUUCGGCUCAGAGACGCACUUAUAACCGAUUACUCGAUCUCCAAUGACUUGAUGAUGAAGUAUCAAGAAAAUAACAAGCUGAGUGAUUUCAAAACUGCAGUUAGCAAGGCAGAAAAGAGCAGCUUUGAUAUAAGUGACGUCAACAUGGGCAAGGAGGAAAACUUUACACGUGAAGAAAGGGCUAACUUGCUUGAAUGCCUUCGGGAAGAAGUAUGA